AUGCUGAGGAGAAAACAGGUGGAGGUCCACUGCCACCACCGUUCACAGAGACUGAGGAGAAAACAGGUGGAGGUCCACCGCCACCACCGUUCGCAGAGGCUCUGGAGAAAAACAGGUGGAGGUCCACCUCCACCACCGUUCACAGAGACUGAGGAGAAAAUAGGUGGAGGUAAACUACCACUACCACCACCAAUCAGAGAGAUUGAGGAGAAAAAAGUUGGAGGUCCACCACCACCACAGUUCAGUGAGGCUGAAGAGAAAACAAGUGGAGGCCCACCACCGCCAGCUUUCACAGAAGCUAUGGAGAAAACAGAGAGAUUGAGGAGAAAACAGGUGGAGGUCCACUGCCACCACUGUUCACAGGGGCUGAAGAGAAAACCGGUGCAAGUUCACCUCCACCACCGUUCACAGGGCCUGAGGAGAAAACCGGUGCAAGUUGACCUCCACCAUCGUUCACAGAGGCUGAGAAGAAAACAGGUGGAUGCCCACCACCACCAGCUUUCACAUAGGCUUUGGAGAAAACAGGUGGAGGUUCCACUACCACCACCGUUCAGAGAGGCUGAGGAGAAAACAGGUGGAGGUCCAUCACCACCACCGUUCCGAGAGAUUGAGGAGAAAACAGAUGUAGGUCCACCACCACCACCAUUCACAAAGACUAAAGUGAAAACAGGUGGAGGUCCACCGCCCCCACAGUUCAGAGAGGCUGAGGAGAAAACAGGUGGAGGCCCACCACCGCCAGCUUUCACAGAGAUAGAGGUGAAAACAGGUGGAGGUCCACUACCACCACUACUGAGGAGAAAACAGGUGGAGGUCAACUACCACUACCACCACCGUUCAGAGAGGCUGAGGAGAAAACAGGUGGAGGUCCACUGCCACCACUGUUCACAGGGGCUGAAGAGAAAACCGGUACAAGUUCACCUCCACCACCGUUCACAGGGCCUGAGGAGAAAACCGGUGCAAGUUGACCUCCACCAUCGUUCACAGAGGCUGAGAAGAAAACAGGUGGAUGCCCACCACCACCAGCUUUCACAUAGGCCUUGGAGAAAACAGGUGGAGGUUCCACUACCACCACCGUUCAGAGAGGCUGAGGAGAAAACAGGUGGAGGUCCAUCACCACCACCGUUCCGAGAGAUUGAGGAGAAAACAGAUGGAGGUCCGCCACCACCACCAUUCACAAAGACUAAAGAGAAAACAGGUGGAGGUCCACCACCACCACCAUUCACAGGGGUUAAGGAGAAAACAGGUGGAGGUCCACCACCACCACCGUUCACAGGCGUUAAGGAGAAAACAGGUGGAGGUCCACCACCACCACCGUUCACAGGGGUUAAAGAGAAAACAGGUGGAGGUCCACUACCACCACUGUUCAGAGAGCCUGAGGGGAAACAGGUGGAGGUCCACCACCACCACCGUUCUAAGAGACAGAGGAGAAAACAGGUGGAGGUCCACCACCACUCCUGUUCAGAGAGGCUUUGGAGAAAACAGGUAGAGGUCCACUAUUGCGGCAUUAUCAUGCCAAAAUCCCGCGAGAGGAAUAUCGGAGCCCUCGCGCGGACAAUGUCUGCUCGCUGGCUCAUGCUGCUCACUCGCGAGGAAGACGAGGAAGCGGGAGUCGUCUCGGUGUCUCGGCCACAUGGCAGAUCAUCGGGAGAUGAGGUUCAGGUUCAGGGAGAGCAACUGGCAGGGAGCAGCAGACAGCCUCUCACACAGGGACAGCAGCAGUCUGCUCUUGGCAACAGGGAGCAAGCUGGGAUGAGAUGCAUUCAGGUAGCCCAGGGGCAGCAGAGAACUCCUGGUGGUUCUCCAAGAACAUCAAGAAACACAGUGGAGCACAAUAUGGCCAGUGCUUUUCCUGGACUGUUCAAAUCAGGGAAAGGCUACACUCCAUAUCCCAAAAGAAGGACUGCCAGUGUCAGAUCUACGUCUAUUCAGUUUUUUCUGCUGGAUAAGUGCGCUGAGCGAACACCAAAGUCUUCUGACGAGAUGACCCUUCUCCAGGCUGGACUUGGCCGACGGACUGUCAGUAUUCCUGAACAUGCUGACCAUUCCCAGAUAUCAACAAUACUCAUGGAUACAUACCCAAAAAUGGCCCCACUGGAAGGUGCCUGGAUGCUGUAUAAAGCCGCUGGAGGAUCAGGACAGCGGAAAUUAAGUAUUCUGGCACCAGAGGCAGAAGGCUACACUGGAGCCUACAUUGCCAAAGCUUUUGGUGGAAAGGGCUGCCUGUACAUCAUGCCCAUCCAGGAUACUUUAGACACCUCACCCUUGCCAUACACAUCCAAGGAGUUUGAAAAGAUGCCAAAAGCCCGAUGUGCCACUUGUCAUCUGAACAUGCCAAUUCAGCUAUUGGCUUUACAUACCCAGGAAUGUGAGCCAGGUAGCUCUGCAGACAGCAGAUCCUUUGAAUCGACUUUGGAACCUGAUGUGGUGGUGAUAGAUGUGGAUUCUCCAGCUUUGAGCAGUCCUGUGAACACAUCCCGAUUUGUGACCCCAUCUACAGCUGUCUCUCAGAAGAUGGAGGUUAAGGUGGCCUGUCCGUUGUGUGCCAAGUUGUUUCCAGAGUAUUCUGUUGAAGUACAUGCCAGCACCUGUGGAGAAAGUACUGGGCGAGAGAUGGACACCACUGAAUUGAAUGAUGACAGGCAUGCGGUAGAGGAACUUGGAGGGGAAGAUAACCAGUGUAACAGUCUGGCCAAAGUCAUCCACACAUUGCAGGGACGUGUUGACACAACUGCAAUUUUCAACAUUUGUGUCACAAGAGAGGACCUGUUUACCAGGGGCAUGGGACAGUGGAAGCGACAGAAGAAGUCUUCUCCACAAAAUCCUCUCAGAGUUUCUUUCAUAGGAGAACCAGGAGUUGACAAUGGGGCUUUGAGGAAAGAAUUCUUAACAGAAAUGAUGACAGGUAUUGAAGCCCACUUAUUUCAGGGAGGAAGUGCUGGGAAAAACCCCAAUUAUUCAAUCACAGAGUACCAUAAAGAGAAUUUCAAAACAGCUGGAGAGAUCAUUGCUGUCUGCAUAACACAAGGUGGUCCUCCACCAAACUUCUUCCGAGAGUGGUGCUUUGCCUACAUCUCUACUGGGGAGAUUAACAAAGACCUCAUUUGCAAAGAUGAUGUAACAGAUCCAGAGCUCAGACAACUUAUAGAGGAGGUCGAGAUGGCUGAACCUGAAGCUCUAAACAACCUAAUGGACAGAAUAUUGGCAUGUGGAUACAGUGGUCUUCUAACACAGGACAGGAAGGAAGAAAUAAUCAAGGCCAUUAUCUUGCACUCGUGUCUUCGUAUCUUACCGAUGCUGCAGCAAAUUUCCUCAGGGAUGCAGCUCUAUGGCUUGAAUGAGAUGAUUGGACAGCAACCAAACACAUUCCGGCCACUGUUUGUUCCUGGGCUUUUGGAAAAGCCGGACGCUGAAUUCCUGAUUGGAUCCUUGUCUCCAACCUUGAGUGAUCAAGGCUCACUAAAACGUCAGAGGGAAUCAAAGAUUGUGAACUUCUUUCAAGAUUUCCUCCAACAGAUUGAAGAUGAAGAGGAGGAAAAUUGCUUCCUGAAGGAGACCAUGAAGACCAUGCAGACGGAGUGUGAGCUUGAAGCUGGACAUGGGACAGAGAUGGAGAAACCUAAAAUCACUGACAUUGUUCAGUCAUACAGUUGA